AACUUUUAUUUUAUUAUUUUAUUGCUUCCCCGGAUCGAGCUAUUUUAGGAACUAAAAUGAGUAAAAAUUGUGUGCUAUUGUGAGUACAAGUAAAAAAUAUUUGGCUUUACGAUCUCAGUCCCUUAAUAACCCGGGAGACUCCAUUUCCCGGCUUCUUUUAAUGGUCUUCCGAUCUUGCCCAGUCAUGGCUCAUCUAGUCUUCAAACAUAAGGCAAGUUUUAAGCUCCAGCUUGCUUCACUUGCAGUCAGCACCCAUUCCAGCACCUUUCUUGUUGUCAUAUCCUCUCUGGGCUCUACCCCAAAUCUUUCCCUACCAGGCUGGCGUUCCUGUCAGGUCUGUCAACAGAUACCCAUUCAACCUAUUUCGGCUAAAUAACCUACUAGGCUCUUCCGGUCCACCGCCCGGAACCGAAAGGAAACGAGGAAUCGCGGCUGGGCGGAACCUCCCCGGGUGGGGCCCGCGCCCCGCCGCGCCGCGCCGCGCCGCGGGCGGGCAAGCUGGGAAAUCUCACAGUCUCCUCAGUCCCACAGAACCGUCACCUUGGCUCUUCUCGUGACCACGCGAGCAAUCUGCGUUCCCCUGAGAGCUGAGGUCUCCUGGCACCGACGGACAGGUCUCUACAAACUUAAGACUGUAGGUGUGGAGACGCGGGCGUCAGCUGAUCGAACCUGUGGGCUCCAGGUGAAGGGGCGGGGCGGGGUGGCACGGAGCCAAUCAUAACGCCUGACGACAGGCCUCAGCCAACCAGGAUCAGGGAGGCUCCGGCGUAGGCGGGGCAGGCCCGGGCGGGUGAGAGCCGCCCCUUGCAGCUGGCCAACGCCUUCGCCCAGGGCUACUUGACGAGGUGCUGCUUCCCGGAGAUGAGCGACCCGAGGGCUUUUGACAGGCGGUGUUCUCUUUCCCCAGUUCGUUUCUCUGCAGCUCUUGGCCGUGACAGGUGCUAGUGUCCGUGCCUGUCACAGACGCAUUCUGACUCGGGCCCUUCCCCUCUCUCUCUGGAGACUGCCUAUGGCUGGGGACCGAGUGAGGUCGUUGCCUUGACGACGGCAGCAUGCGGCCGGCAGUCCUCGGAAGUGUGAGCUUGCGGAGGGCAGAAGCCAAUCUGCCUCCCUGCCUGCUUCACCUAGGACCAGUAACUGCGUCCGCAGAGGAAAUCCCAGUACUGGGAUUGCUAGUUUGCUAGUCAGCAUCUUUUUAGAUCUGCUAGCGAGAUGCAUAUCACCUCAAAUUUGUUUCCAAGUUGAAAACCUUUGGCUCUUUCCAUGUGAAGGGUUUGGAAGAAAUAGUUUUUCUCUACACAGCCUCAGCUGUCUUGGAACUGACUAUGUAGAGCAGACUGGCCUCAAACUCACAGAGAUUUACCUGCCUCUGCCCCCUGGGUGCUAAGAUAAAAGCAAGAAAAAUUCCUACUGGUUUUGAAGCAAAAUGGAAAAGUAUGAGAACCUAGGAUUGGUUGGAGAGGGGAGUUACGGAAUGGUGAUGAAGUGUAGGAACAAAGACAGUGGAAGAAUUGUGGCCAUUAAGAAGUUCUUAGAGAGCGAUGACGAUAAAAUGGUUAAGAAGAUCGCUAUGCGAGAAAUCAAGUUACUAAAGCAACUGCGGCAUGAAAAUUUGGUGAACCUGUUGGAAGUGUGUAAGAAAAAGAAGCGUUGGUACUUAGUCUUUGAAUUUGUUGACCACACGAUUCUUGAUGACUUGAAACUCUUCCCAAAUGGACUAGACUAUCAAGUAGUUCAAAAGUAUUUGUUUCAGAUCAUUAAUGGAAUUGGAUUUUGCCAUAGUCACAAUAUCAUACACAGAGAUAUAAAACCCGAGAAUAUAUUAGUCUCACAGUCUGGCGUUGUAAAAUUAUGUGACUUUGGAUUCGCACGGACAUUGGCGGCUCCUGGGGAGGUUUACACUGACUAUGUGGCCACCCGGUGGUACAGAGCUCCAGAACUGCUGGUCGGUGAUGUCAAGUACGGCAAGGCUGUUGAUAUCUGGGCCAUUGGUUGUCUGGUCAUUGAGAUGCUUAUGGGGCAACCACUAUUUCCAGGAGAAUCCGAUAUUGAUCAGCUGCAUCAUAUUAUGACAUGUUUAGGUAAUUUAAUUCCAAGACACCAGGAGCUAUUUUAUAAAAAUCCUGUGUUUGCUGGAGUAAGGUUGCCUGAGAUCAAAGACAUAGAAGCAGAGCCUCUCGAGAGCCGCUAUCCGAAGCUCCCUGAAGUUGUGAUCAGUUUAGCAAAGAAAUGCUUGCACAUUGAUCCAGACAAAAGGCCCUUGUGUGCUGACCUUCUACACCAUGAUUUCUUUCAAAUGGAUGGAUUUGCUGAGAGGUUUUCUCAAGAAUUGCAGUUAAAAAUAGAGAAAGAUGCCAGGAAUAAUUCUUUACCUAAAAAGUUUCAAAUCAGAAAGAAAGAAAAAGACGAUGCCUUAGGUGAAGAAAGAAAAACACUUGUGGUACAGGAUACCAAUGCUGAUCCCAAAACUAAGGAUUCUAAAGUGUUAAAAGUAAAGGGGUCAAAAAUCGAUGUCGAGAAAACUGAAAAAGGAACUAGAGCUUCAAAUGGCAGCUGUCUCCAUGACAACGGGACAAGCCACAAAGGCUUGUCUUCCACAAGCCUCAGAGAUUGCAGCAAUGUCACCAUUGAUCACCCAAGGAAUCCAGGCACAGCGAUUCCUCCCCUCACACACAAUCUUUCUGCAGUUGCUCCUGGUAUCAACGCUGCAAUGGGGACUAUUCCUGGAGUUCAGAAUUACAGAGUGGACGAGAAAACUAAGAAAUACUGUAAUCCUUUUGUUAAACCAAGCCAGCCUUCUCCAUCAGGGAUUUAUAAUAUGAAUGUGAGCGCAUCCGUCUCAGGGGAAAAGUACCUUCUUCAGGCAAACAAGAAAAGGAAGGAAUAUCCCAAAGUCGACGUGCGAUUGCCUGAACUAAACUAUAACCAUCUUCCUGAACUGAGAGCUUUAGAAGGCAUAGCUCGAAAUUCUAGGCUAAUAAAGAAAGAGAACAAAUGUCUUUCAGAAUCUCGAAUUCCCUCUCUGGCUGCCAUUGACCUGCAUGCAUCCAGUGUUGCAUCACACCAGGGAGCAGGAUCACCUGUGUCAGAUGAGUCCGAGGCUGACUUGCCUCGAAUGGAGCACCAGCACUGAGACCCAUUUUAAUCCUGAACAGGAUGCUGCCAGCACUUGAGAUGACGUCCUCUUGCACGAGAGCACUGAUGCCCCAGAGGAGAUCUGCGGUUUGACUGUUUCCUUCUGGAAACCUACGCUUUCUAAGAAAGGCUUUGCAGAAGAAGGGAAGACAGACUUCCAAAGACCUCAAAGGAAGAUUGAACAAGUGCCCCUUCACCUUUCCAACCUAUGAUGCUAUUUCAAGAUAUAUCCGUGGAACGAUAGUGACAUGGUUCUUGUUACAUGAAUGUGUAUUUGAUAUUAGUAGAUUGUGUAUUUAAAGUUAUCUGAGAUUAAAAGUCAGUAAAAAAGGAGAGAAUCAUUAUAAAAAGUCAUGAUUUUAUGCAUUGAACUUUGUAUUAUCUAUAUAAGUGUUUACAGUUGAAGAAAAUGAAAAGAAGCUAGGAUCUGUGAGAUAAAAGUUUCCUUUACCUUAACUAUAAGAACACAUUUUAAAAGCUUGCUUCUAGGUGUGAGUGGUGUGAGACUAUGGUCGCGCUGUCUUUGUUUUCUGUCAUUGUUAAUUGCUGAUCUAAGAACUGUGCUAUUGCAACUUUUGUUACUAGUGACGGUGAUGUUGGUAAGUCUUCCACACUGAGAGGUUCUGGUGCUGAUGUCCUUCCUGAAAGGACAUGAUGGAAGUCGCAGGGGUUUGUGGGCACACCUGUAAGUGAACAACUGAGCUUCUCCUUGAGGGAAAAGGUAUAAUAUAUAUAUAUAUGGAGAGGUGGGAGCAGGCAGAACUGCCUGUCUAUCUGUCUGUCUGUCUCUCCAGGCUAGGGCAGUAGGCACUGAAUUACCCCACCAAAGAGGCUUUUAGAGGCUUUGGUGGAGUCCACUCUUGUCUCUGGUCGUUUGAGGUUAGUGGUGGACAACCCACAGCAGUUGAUUGCCCUCUCACCUCAAAUGCUUAGCCUUACCCAGAAGCCUUGUCCCAAGGCGGAAGGUCGUUUACGUGUAUUCCACAUACGCUCUCUGAUGCACAGCUUCACCACCUCUUAGGUGGGAGGAUUGGACCAUUUGGAUUCCAGGUCUCAGUGUCCGGGCUCUCAGCCAUGCUCCCACUUAUCAUUGGAGAAAACAGUUGUUCAGGGGCCUGAAUUUGCGUGGUGGUUUUGCAUUAACCAACGAAUGGAACCUUUUUAUUUAAAGCUGUUGGCUACAACUUAGCCUAAGACUUGAACAAGAGUUCUUCAUUCCCUUGGGGGACUUAAAAAUGAAAUCCUAAUCUGGACACUACGAGUAGACAUUCAGGAUGAGGCAAAAUAAAGGGUUCCAACAUAAAAAAAUCUGCUGGUAGUAGGUGAAUAAAUAUUUUUUAUUUAAAAGCUGUAUUUUAAGCCUCUGACUAAGGGUUUUCCUAGGCUAGUAAGACUAACAUGCUGAUAAAACUCACUAUGUCAGUAGUAAUUGGCUCUCUACUAAAAUACCACUAUUAAUUGUUAUUUUGAAAAACAUUGCACAGCCAGCAGCAUAGGGAGGAGUCAGUACCUGAAACUAAGCAGCACCCAGUUAAUUUCAGGCUGUUCUCAUGUCAAGGCCAGUGUGAGGAUAUCGGCCUGACAACGGGGGUCUGCCUCAGCUCGCUUAUGAUUUGUAUCCUUGAGUUUGGUAUCUUUGGCCUAUUAAGACACAUUAUGAACUUUACAAUUAAGACUUUAAAAAUCAUUUCUUGAGUCCUUACUGAUAUCUGAAGAUCAUAUUUUGUUAGACCUUGGUGUGGAACUAAAGAAGUAAACACUGCUCCAACGAAGUCUGGAGGUACUAAACCGACAUAUUCUCUUUUCAGUGCGCGGGUGGUGAGUCUCUUCCCCCAAGAAUGUGAUGUACGCAGACAUGCUCAUGUGAAACCAGUUUCUGUACUUUUGGGAGACGAUGGGCUGCUGUGCCCACCUGUGUUUAAUAAAUAUUAUCUAACCAAG